AAGUCUCCGAGUAUAAUGGAUACCUAUAUCCAAAAAGGUGUUUUUGGUAAAGAUGUCAACAAUGUAUCGUGUGAUCAGUAUCACAAAUAUAAGGAUGAUGUCAAGUUGAUGGUAGAUACAGGGUUAGAUGCUUAUAGAUUCUCCAUCUCUUGGUCAAGAUUAAUCCCAAAUGGAACUGGUUAUGUCAAUCCAAAAGUUGUGGAAUAUUACAAUAAUCUGAUCAAUGAACUAAUCCAAAAUGGAAUUCAGCCCCAUGUAACAUUGUUACAUAAUGAUCAUCCACAAUAUCUUCAAGAUGCAUAUGGAGGAUGGAUGAAUAAGCAAAUGAUUGAAGACUUCACAUACUACGCAAAUAUAUGUUUCCAAGAAUUCGGGGAUAGAGUUUUACAUUGGAUCACAAUCAAUGAGCCGAAUUGUUGUGCUUCAUUCUUUUCUCUAUCUCCUUUUAUUGAAGCUCACAACUUUAUACUAGGGCAUGCAUCAGUAGUAAAUCUAUAUAAACAGAAGUACGAGGUAUGUACAAUAACAGUGAGACAACAUGGAUCUAUCGGUUUGACUAUUUGUACAAGUUGGUAUAUUCCUCUAAGAAAUACUAAAGAAGAUUUGGAUGCAGUUGAAAGAGUUCAUCAAUUCGCUUCUGGAUGCUACAGAUGUUGGAGUCCUUGGAAGAAAUGGGGUGAGAUAUUGAGAAUCCAGUAUGUGCAAGGAGUACUGGAAUAUUUCAAACAAGUUUAUGGAAAUCCUCCAAUUUAUAUUCAUGAAAAUGGUGUACGUACAACCCGUACUUCAUCAUUGGAUGACACAUCAAGAGUUGACUUUCUAAGCACUUCUUUAAGAAGUCUUCUUGAUGCAGCAAGGAAUGGAUCAAACGUCAAGGGUUUCUUCCAAUGGUCAUUCUUGGAUGUAAUUGAAUGUCCGGGAGGUUAUGAAUUUGGCCUCUAUUACGUAGAUUUAGAUGAUCCUGAUUUGAGAAGGUACCCUAAAUUGUCUGCACAUUGGUACUCCGCAUUGUUGAAAAGAGAUGGAUUUCGUAGUUCCUCGGUCUUGAAGAGUGGAAACCAAAGAUCAAUAGAGAAGAGAGAAAGACAACUGUUGCAACGAGAUAAUAGUAUCGAGACAUUGAAGAUGGUGGGAAAAUUUGAUGUGUAUUCUCUUUGUAUUGGGGCUGUUAAUAAAUGAACCUCUAAACAUCUACUUAUGUAUCGUAGCUUGUAAAGGCUUGUAAGUUGUAACACACUCUAUUUUAUGACUCAUGUUUGAAAAUAAUCUAUAAGCGUUUCGAAGUAUUAUUAAUUGAAAGAAUGAGGGAUAUUUCAAGUGGUUAGAGCUUACCUUCAGAUUUCAUAAGAAAUAGGGAUCGAUUCUCAUCAGUUGCUCUUGUGACCGUUAAAUAUAGUCUUCAAUGGUGAAGUUUGUGAGUGGACAGUACCACUGCCAAGGAAAGAAGAAGAUAAGUUUGUACAAAUUAUUAUUAUUAUUUUUAUUAUUAUAUUUUUACUAUUAUUAUUUUAUUUUAUUUUGGAUAAUAUCAAUUGACAGAUAUCUUAAGGGAACUAUUAUUUAU